AGUCGCUGCUGCUGAAAUGGGGAGAUCGCCCUGCUGCGACGAGAAUGGCCUCAAGAAAGGGCCGUGGACUCCUGAGGAGGACCAAAAGCUUAUCCACUACAUCAAGAAGCAUGGCCAUGGAAGCUGGAGAGCCCUCCCCAAACUCGCCGGGCUCAAUCGUUGUGGCAAGAGCUGCAGGCUGAGAUGGACGAAUUACUUGAGGCCGGACAUUAAGAGAGGCAAAUUCUCGCUGGAGGAAGAGGAAACCAUCCUCAGCCUGCACGCGAUCUUAGGGAACAAGUGGUCUGCAAUCGCCUCGCACCUCCCUGGACGGACCGACAACGAGAUCAAGAACUUCUGGAACACCCACCUGAAGAAGAAGCUCAUCCAGAUGGGUUUCGACCCCAUGACUCACCGCCCGAGGACCGACUUCUUCUCCACCCUCCCGCAGCUCAUCGCCCUCGCCAACCUUCGCGAGCUGAUCCUCGACGGUCGCCUGCAGGCAGAGGCAGUCCAGACCAUGGCGAAUGGAGCCGCCGCCGCCGCCGCCGACUUGGAGGCCAUGAACAUGCUUGGCUCUCAGAUGAUGCCGUCGUCCUUCCCUCCGACGAUGCCUUGCGCCGUCCUUGAUAACCAUCCGCCGCCUGCGAACCAGGAGAACAGAGAGUGCUAUUCCAUGGCAGGAUUUGGCCAGGAAGAACCGCCUCAUCCACUUCUUCUUCCUCCUCCACCGACUGAAGUCUCCGUUGUCAACCAUGGCGAUGAUCGUAUCAUUUCUAGCUACAAUAUCUGGCCUGAGCUCUUGCUUGAUAACCAAUUCAUGGCUGAAUUCGCCUGAAGGUCGUCGUGUUUUCCUUCUUCACACUUGUAAAUUUAUGCAUAGUUUGAUAUUUAUCAAAAACCUGGAAAUUUUGUGUUC